AUGAACUAUCCGGUUGACCAGCGCGUUGCACUGUUUAAUGCAACCACGAGCAAUGUUGUCUACGAGGCUGGGCUCAAGGAAGACGUCAUUCCUGGAGACCCUGCAUCGGAGGACCCAAACAACCUGCCUGCCUUUCCACGGGUACUCAGCCAACGGAAACGUCACCUGGUCAGCUUGUCUAUGCAAAUUACGGGCUCACUCGACGAUUUCAAGGCCCUCAAGGCAGCCGGUAUCAGCAUCAAGGACAAGGUUGUGCUUGUGCGCUACGGCGGCAUGACACGCGGUCUCAAGGUCUAUGCUGCUGGUCUGGGUGGCGCGCGCGGCGUGCUUAUUUACUCGGACCCUGCCGAUGAUGGCUACGUCCAGGGCCCUGUCUACCCAGAUGGGCCGUGGAGGCCCGAGUCGUCGUUCCAGCUAACCAGCAUCAACCACAUCCCGUCACUACCUCUGUCGUACCGCGAUGCCGAGCCGUUGCUGCGUGCCUUGAAGGGACUCGGCAAACCUGCAAAGGAUGUAGGCGACAACUGGGUCGGUGGUCUGACAUCGAAGGGCGUUGAGUACUGGACUGGUCCGAGCGAGUUGAGCGUCAAUCUGCUCAACAAGGUUGAGUACAAGAUUACUCCUAUCCAGAACGUCAUCGCCAGAAUCCCAGGCUGGGGUGAGCCAAACCGCGCUGUCGUGAUCGGCAACCACCGCGAUGCCUGGUGUGCUGGUGCAUCUGACCCGUCUUCUGGCUCUGCUGCCCUUCUUGAGCUCUCGCGCGGUCUCGGCAAGCUUCUAAAGCUUGGCUGGCGCCCGCGUCGCACCAUCAUCCUCGGCUCCUGGGAUGCUGAGGAGUACAGCCUGAUCGGUUCCACCGAGUGGGUUGAGGAGAACCGCAGCUGGCUCAAGGCAGAGGCUGUCGCCUACAUCAAUGUCGACGGUGCUGUGGGUGGUAGGAGAUAUGCUGUUGGUGCAUCACCAGUGUUCAAGCAUUUGCUGCAUGAAGCUACCAAGCAAGUGCCGUACCCCAACUCUAACCAGACUGUUUACGAUGUUUGGCUGAGGGAUUCAGCCAGGAAUGCUGGCGACGAUAAGCUUGAGAAGCCAACUGUGUUCCCGCUCGGGUCGGGUAGCGACUUCACUGCGUUCAUGGCACAUGCUGGAAUCUCGUCAAUCGACAUGGGUUUCGGUGGUUAUGUGGGCUCAUACCACUCCAACUAUGACAGCUUUAACUGGAUGUCAAAGUUUGUUGACCCUGACUUCAAGCUCCACCAGGCCAUGACACGCCUGUGGGGUCUACUGACUAUCCGCAUCGCAGACGACCCAGUUCUUGACCUCAAGCCAACGACAUAUGCUGAGGAACUACAGCAAUAUCUCAACGUCAUUGAGAAAUACGUUGCCUCCCAGAUCCCUGACAAGACCGAUAUAGAGUGGGCUGUUGCCAAAAAGUUCCACAAUCUCCGUCAUGCCCAGCACAAUCUGCUUCGCAGUGCACAGUAUCUGGAGAGGAGACUCCAAUAUCUGCAGCGUGUCUACGGUGAGGGCUGCCAGAUGGCCGGCAAUCGCCGCCGCGCUCGCUGCCACCAGCUGCGCAAGAGCAUCAAUGAGCGGGUUGCCAAACUCGAGCGCCAUUUCAUUGACCCCAGUGGCAUUCCGGGUCGCGAGUGGUACAAGCACAUUCUGGUAUUCCCAGCCCUGGCUGAAGCUGCCGAGGAUGGCGAUUGGGAGGCAUUCCAGGUCUACGAGGAGCGUGCAGCUGGGCUCGUUAACGAUGCUGCUCGGUUCCUGCGCAAGUUUUGA